AGAAAAAUGAGAUCAUGACAAUGUCGGCAUAUAAAUGAUCGGAGCAUGAGUUAGCUGGCAGACUGCAACCUCUGUGAAGGAGACCGUACCAAGUGGGAAUUGGAGACACAAGCGGAUUGGGUUAAAAUAAACCAAGAAGUUUUUGUCUUUCAAUACUAAAGGGAUCCAGGGAAAGUUUUAUUUCUUUGCUCAUUCUUCCCUAGUGGUGCCUGCGCUAUAGUUUUGGAAACAUGUGUUGUGGAGGGUGUGCAAAGUGCCUUGGAGGUACUCUCAUUCCUCUGGCCGUGCUAUGUACCCUUGCUAAUAUUUUGUUGUUUUUCCCCGGAGGAGAGGUCGAAACCGGUGACCAUAUUUCAGAUGAAGUUUGGUACUUUGGAGGGAUCUUGGGUUCUGGUGUACUGGUGAGUAGGACAACGCAUUAUGUUCUUCUCAUUUUUAUUACUGCCUUGAGCUUUACAGUGAGCAGAAAUCCGACUACAUUAUGGGUGUGGUGGACAGUCUGUGUUGGAAAUUAGAUUGCCAAUGCGUUGAGUAUGCAAGCUGGAAAUUCAAACAGAUUAACUUGAAAACUAAUUGAAUAGUCUAUUACGAAAGUAGACGACUUGCCUAUUAUGUUAAAAACAAGACAGACAUGUACUGCUGAGAUGCCUCUAAUAAGUCCAGAAGCAUUGCUCUGCGAGAUUAGACCAGUGUUUCAAUUGAUUGAUGGAUAUUAAUUGAUUGAUUGAUUGAUUGAUUGAUUGAAAGCUUUUAUAUGCUAAUAUUUUAAAGAUCUUUCUAAGUGAUGUACAACAUAAAAAAAUGAACAAUAUCAUUAAAAGAAAAAUACAAAAUAAAACCAGUAUAACAGUAGUAUAACAGCACAUGAAAAUAAAUAAAAGCAAGAAAUUGGGGUAUUCAAAUGCAAAUAUCAGGGUCCGAUCUUAUGGGUCAGGCAAAAAUAUAUGUCUUUCCUAGAGGUUUGAAGCAACGAAUGGUUGUUUCUUUGUCUAUGGCAGAGGGAAGGGCAUUCCAUAAUACAGGGACAAUGACAGCAAAUGCCUGUUUUUGGGUCACCACCCUACAAUAUUCUUGGGCACAGAGUUGAAUUUCCUGAGACAGUCUUCUAGGUGACCUGGUCUUACAUUCCUACCAGUCCAGCAUUACUUAGUUUACAGCAAUAGCCAAUACAGCUGAGGUUUCUUAAUUAAAAUUACUUCUUUGGGUGCUGGGACAUUUGCAGCCGAGCUUUGUACCUUGUAAAAUUUGAAAGUAAGUCCCAGUGCAUUCCAUGGCACCGAUACCUAAAUGAAAUUUGGUGAGGAUUCCAUUGUUGCGCUACAGUGAUCCUGCUGCUUCCUCUGAGAGUAGACCUGCCAGAUGCAAAUGCUGGGUUUGGAAAAAGACGGUAGACAUUUUAGAAGAAAUAUAGUGAUCUUAGGAACGACCGAGCCUCAAAGUGCAUUUUCUGUUGUCAUCAGAUGGUAUUUCCUGCUUUAGUCUUCCUGGGUCUUAAGAAUAAUGAUUGCUGUGGCUGCUGUGGUAAUGAAGGUUGUGGAAAGAGGUUUGCAGUAAGUAUAAAAGCAAUGCCCUCCAACAUCUCGCUGUCAUUCCUCACCCCACCCCUAGCAUUUGCCUCCUGAGGCGGCUGCCUUACUCUUAUCUAAUGAUAGGGCUGGCCCUUAACAUCACUGAAGCGACUCUCUCAAGGCCAAAGGGUUGAGAACCUCACUUGUGACUUCUGCCAGCGUAGGAAGCUGGUCUGGUGAGGUGGAGACACACAGCAACAGGACUGGCACAAAUGCCACUUACUGAGAGGGUGGGGGGAGCAGGGGUAAGAUCAGGGUUGUGUGUGUGCCCAGGUGGUGCCACUCCUUUCGUUCCGCUCGCACAGUCCUGGCCUCGACACCAUUUAUCUCCUGAUAAGCAGGAUAGACUUUGGUGUUCCUGGCGCCAGGAGGUUGGUGCUUGAGCGACUCAUGCCCACAGGAUCAGGAGAAGUCUGUGGAUUUGGAUAAGGUGACUCUCUGAUGCACUUCCCUGUGCGCCAUCUGUGAGUCAUCAAAACUGCAAACAUGCCAGAUGGAUUUUUAGGAUGGACUUUGGCUUUGACCUUUUGCUCGUUCUUGGCAGAUGUUUACUUCCGUAAUAUUUGCGGCAGUUGGAGUUGUGGGGGCUGGAUACAGCUUUGUUGUGUCGGCUGUCGCCAUGAACAGAGGCCCUAAGUGUCAGGUAGCAAACAGCACCUGGAUGUAUCCCUUUGAAAACGGGUAAGAUGUUUUUUUCAACCUCUGGAUAGAUUCUCCAUCUCUACUGGAAGGGUUCUUGCUUUCUCGUCUUGAUCUAUAAAUCCUGCAGCAAAGUGCUUACCAAAUAUUAUGAGCCACUGGAUGGCCUCCAACCAUCAGUUUUUCAAAGAGCAACUUGUAAGGCUGAGCAAUCACAUUUCUGACUGGCGGUAGGAGUUUUCCUCAUCGUCUGGGUGGACAAAGUCAGCAGAGCCUUUUCAGUGGUGGCACUCAAGAUUAUGAAAUGCCUUGCAGCUGGCCCCCACCUUCACUUCUCCCCACACCAGUUAGUUACUAAAGACUAUUUUAUUCCACCUGGCUUGUAGUUUAAGAAGCAGACAAUGGGCGGCAUCCAUAAAAUGCUUCCACUAGAUGUUUUCUUGCACAAUGGAACUUCUCCUCUCCUGUCCCCAUGUGCCCUCUUUUCCCCCUCCCCAUAAGUCUGCUCCAAAAGGUUGAGGAACAGACUGAAAGGGCACAUGAGGAGAGGAAGGGAAAGUUCUGUCAUGGGCUACUUUGUUAGAGACCACCCAAUGCUUUUAAACAUUUUAAGACAGCAAAACCUGUGUCUCUUCCAUCCUUGUUUCAUAAAUUGUAGUGUUUGAAGUUGUAAGGCACCUUGAGUGGCGUUUUUACAGUGCAAGGGUGAAACGAGCCAUUCCUACAGGUGGCAAGAAGUUCCAGAGGAGCAGUGCUUACCCAGCUUUGGAUACCUAUGAGAGGAAAUCAUUGGAGCAUUACUCCCAAUUAAUAUAUAUAUAUUGUUUUCAUUUACAAGUGUACUGCUUGAGUAUAGUUGAGGCACAGCUUAAACAGCCAAAGUUCACUGCUCCCAUGUCAGAGAGAGACAGCCAGCACCCCAAAUCCUUCCAGAAUCCAGAACUCACUUAUUUGUGUGUCUCUCAGUCUCCGUUAGAAGUGCAACCUGCCUCUUAUUUCCUUUAACCUACCUGAGACACAUGCCACACCACUGAAUAUUACAGGAUAACAAUUUGCUUGCAUUUGAAUGAGAAACUACUUAAUUCCGCAUUUCCUGAAACAAUAUGCAAACUAAAGCAGCUAUCCUUCAAAAUUCGCACUUCUCUCUCUCUCUUUUUGCAGCACACUUCUCCAAGGCAAACAAUGUGUACAAAAAUGCAUAUCUUACAGGGAAGCGUGCAUAAAAAGCAUACGUGCUUGAAAAUAGCAUAUAGGAAUGCAUUAUGGUACGGAAAGCGUAUUGCCAAAAUGUGUAUAUUAGGAGAAACUGAACAAAGAUGUGUUUAUCGGGGAAAAUUUGCACUGAAACGCAGGAGUUUCAUGAGGAUUAAGAAAAAAUUUCUGCAGAAAUGUGGAGUGUUGAAUUAAAGAUUGACUGGGGGGUGGGGAAUAUGAGAAACUGACAGUUAAAUUGAGAGGUUUGUCCAUUUCUGAAAGUGCUGGCCAGGUGUUCCCUCACAAUGAUAGCCUUACUGACAGAAAUAUAAUAGAAAAUCAAUAAAACUUCUUUUUCGGGCACAGGCUGUAUCUGACGGACCAUACGUUAUGGGAAGACUGCAGAUUUCCAGAGUCCAUCGUGCCCUGGAACUUGACUCUGUUCUCUCUACUGCUGAUAAUGAGCGGAGCUCAACUGGUGCUGUGUGGCAUCCAAGUUAUCAACGGACUCCUCGGAACGCUGUGCGGGGACUGUAAAUGCGGAUGCUGUGGGGUAAGAUGCUUUCGUUGGUAGCAACAUGUAUGAGCAUUCCUGGUUCCUUUCCCCCUUUGCCAAUUGGGUUAACCAGCUGCUUACAGUCAAGGCCAGCCUAAGACAUUUUGCUGCCCGAGGCAAAGUAGACAUACUGAAGCUGACCCAACCAACCAUUUGACCUUACUUCGCACUUCCCCCGCGGUAGGGAAACUCUAGCUUGCAGGCCAGUCUUGACCCACACGGAUCCCAGUUUCACCUGCAGUGCCUUCCCCCCCUUCAAAACAUCACCCACUUGUCAAUCAGCUGGCAUCACUCUGAAUGAUGAGAGUCAACGAGCAGAGGAUGAGAUUCAAUUCUUAAGUUGCGCAUGUCAGUUCCUCACAGGGAAUUGACUCAUGCAGCCAAGGCACCAGGAUUUAACUCCCCCCCCCCACUUAACAGCUGAUGAAUGGGGGGAUUAAAUCCUGCUUCCUGGUUGAGGUGGUGGUGGUUUACAUCCUGCUCAGUUCAACUAGGAUUUAGUGAAAUCCUUUUCCUGGAGCAGGACUUUGUUUAAUUCAGAGCCCAUGAUAAAACAAUUUUCCUUCCUCCAUUUUAGUGACAUGUGAUUGAUGGCCCUGCAAAACUGUCAAUAUGGCCCACAAGGGUUAAAAUAUGGCCCAUGGAGCAAAAAAAGGGGGGGGUUCCCCACCCCUUUCUACUAAUGAUAGAGCCGGCCCUACCUAUGGUGUUUGUUAGUAUUAACCAUGCAUUUUCCAAUACAAACAAAUGCACAAAAUGUUCCCCAUAGCCUUGAAAUUGCAAGGAAGGGGGGAUGAACAAGCUGUCCUCUAAUUCCCAGCAUACUGUGGACCUUUAUAUGGGAAGCAGACUUAUCCGUCAUUUAACAGUUGGAGGGGGUCUUGUCCAUGUAGUCCAACCCCUUGUUUGAUUGAGAAAACCCAGAGCUAGAGCCUCCCUAAGAAGCAAUUGCCUGUCCUGUGCUUGAAGACCUCAAGCAACCACCUUGCUAGGAAAUUUGUUCCAAUGUCACACGGCUCUUACCGUCGAGAUGUUUCUCCCUUCAUGAAGUCAAUAUGCAUUCAGAUAGAGGUGAUCCAUUAAAUACACUGUAUGCUUAAGAUUUGGGCUGUGUAUACAUGGCUGGCUGGUUUAGGGGGAAACUCAUCAAAAUACAGAAUUUUCAUAAGGAACAACAACAAAAAAGAUACAGAAUAAAUAUGCACCAAUGUCAUGUGCACACCACUUUCCAAAUCAGCUAUGGGAGCAUAGAGUAACCCCCCCAAAAAAGCUUUAAAUUAAAAAGCUAUAAAUUUAAGGCAACCUAGUAUGAGAGCCCAAACUAUGGACAAGCUGGGAGCUUCAGCUGAUGGAUUCUCAUCCUGAGUAAACUUAGCAGUCAUGGAAUAAGAAGCGAGGUCCUCUUAUGGAGCAGUAAGUGGUUAAAGAUCAAGAGGCAGAGAGCAGGAACAUAUGGGAUAGUUCUCCCAAAGGAGAGAAGUGAGAAGUGGGGUCCUCCAAGGAUCAGUAUUUGCAGCCAUGCUUUUCACCUUGUUUCUAAAUGACUUGGUGCUAGGGGUGAGCACUGAGAUGGCCCCUGUUUGCUAAUGGCACUAAAGUGUCCCAAGGUGGUAAGGACUAAAAAGGGAUCACAAGGAGCUCCAAAAGGAUCUUUCUAAAACAGUUGAAUAGGCAUUAAAAUGCACGUGUGGUUUAGUCUCACUGCAAUCAAGUAUAAGAGACGCGGGUGGCGCUGUGGGUUAAACCACAGAGCGUAGGACUUGCCGAUCAGAAGGUCAGCGGUUCGAAUCCCUGUGACAGGGUGAGCUCCCGUUCCUCGGUCCCUGCUUCUGCCCAGCUAGCAGUUCAAAAGCAUGUCAAAGUACAAGUAGAUAAAUAGGUACCGCUCUGGCGGGAAGGUAAACAGUGUUUCCGUGCGCUGCUCUGGUUCACCAGAAGCGGCUUAGUCAUGCUGGCCACAUGGCCCGGAAGCUGUAUGCCGGCUCCCUCGGCCAAUAAAGCAAGAUGAGCGCCGCAAUCCCAGAGUGGGCCACGACUGGACCUAAUGGUCAGGGGUCCCUUUACCUUUACCUUUAAGCAAGUAUAAAGUGUAAGCUGGGGAGGAAUAGCAAAUAUGCACAAGCAGGUUUGUUGCAAACUCGCAACAGUCAUUUAAACAAAAAACAGAACCCUGCCGGAAGACUUAACAGCAUGGGAGCAUAACUGGAGGCUGACUGAGAAGUGUCAAAAUAAGGCUCCUCCUAGCUUUGCCAAAUAGAGAAUGAAAGAUAUGACCAAAUAUCAUGAUGAUUAGCCUUUACUCUUGUCAACCAGUGUAUAAGAAUUCAUUUCCCUCUUAUCUUUUCUUUUAGGGAGAUGGAGCAGUUUAAAUAUACAGAAACUGCAGAAAUCACCUCUUACAAGGCCGAAAAUGCCCUACCAGACCUUGAUAUGAUGGGCCAAAUCAAGUCCGCACUAAGCACAUCUAGAAUGAAGGGUGUUAGAAAGAGCCCUGACGGCAUUUUCCCUUCACAUCUCCCAAUGAGUUUUGCAACUGUUUGGGCUAUAUAGCAGGGGUGAGAAGAAAAUGUCCAGCCCAAGGACUUCGUUCCCUCUUGGCCAACCCUACCAAACCACACACACAUGCAUGCAGACACAUCAGCUGUCCGCCCGACCCUAUAAAGACAUUUUAGCCCUUUUCAGGUCUCAUUGCUGGACCCGUGGCAGAAAUCUUCCUGGAGACUGCCGCUGGGCAAAGAGGUUUAAUCUUUCCCAGCUUCCCCCAACUAUGCCCUCCAUACUGCAAGAAGGCUUUGUCCAAGCCUAAUUGCAGUGAGGGAGAGGCAGUGGGAAUGGGGGUGCUGGGUGGGGUGCUUGCAAGAACAGUGGUUUAAUUAGGGUUGCUGUGUAAGGACCUGGGCAGCCUUUUUAAAAAAUGAAAAGCCAGCCAGUUGAUUUUUGUCUACUUCGAUACAACCCCAAAAUUAGAAUUUAUGGCCUUGAAAUGUUGGCAACCCAGAAGCAUCUCCCUGCUCCUCUUUCCCCCCAGCUGGGGGAGUUACUUUUACGUGAAUACUGACCUCCCUAUCACCACUUAUAAUAUAAAUCUGGGAUGGGGAACAUUGUUCAGCCUGAGGGCCAUGUUUUAUUCUGUGUAACCUUGUGAGGGCCAAACGCCAGUGGGGUGAGGGCCAGAGACAAAAGUGGGUGGGGUCAAGAAUGUAAAUGCCGUCUUUGUACAGUUUCUACAGCCACCCCUCUGUUCUCCACUCAGGCGAGGAAGAGGCCUUGUCAAAGGUCCAGGGCACGUUCCAGCCAGGCACAAACAGUAAAGGAGGGUGUGAAGCUGGCCCAGUGAAGGUUGUGGCCUGCAGAGUCCCAAGGGCCAGAGAAAGAGGUCUGAAGGGUUACGCUUGCCUCCUAGAUCUGAGGUUUCCCACCUCUGCUAUAAUUAUGCUGAGUCUUGUUUGCCACGUGGAAAGAUGACAACCCCCAUGCUUCCAGAACUGAAGCAUAACUGUAGACUUCCUGACUGGAUUUGGGGUGGCCAAGAGAGCCAAUAUUUGUAUACACCACAUCCCAAUGAGGCUUUUGUGCUCUUGAUUACUACAUGUCAGGAGAAGUUUAGCAGAGGCAGCUGUAUUGCAGUGAGAAAAGCUGCUGCUCCUCCUCCUCCUUUUGGACAUGUCUGUUAUAGGCACAGAACCUUCCUUUGAAUUGAUUUUUUGCUCAUAAGGUUGCCAGAUAAUUUCUGGGCUUGCUCCUGUGCUUCUAAAAGCAGCGUUGCAAAGAACUUCUAGAAAUAGCACAGGGAUUGGAAAGCUAUGGUCCUUUGUUGUCUUCCCUGGCCAUGGUCCAUGCUGCCAGAAGUUGAUGGGAGUUGCAGUCCAACAACAUCUGGAGGGUCAUAGGUUCCCCAGUCCUAAAGCAGAGGUCUUCUUUGGCAUGAGGGUUUAAGUGCUGAAGGAAAGCUUCAGCUUUCUGCAUCUUUGAAGACACGGGAGCAAAACUAAGGGGGAAAGCUGUCAGCUCUGGCCAAACAUAUUUGUGAGCUUCUGUUGAUUAUUAGCAGCUAAUACAAAUUCUGAUGUUAUUUUAAUGAUUGCCCCCGAUUUAUUUUAUGCUCAUGGAAUUACAAUUCUGUGACACAAAUAUUUCACUGUAUAUAUUAAGACCUUUGUGCUGGGGUGGGGUUGUGUGCAUGAUAUGCAAAUAAUUAAAGUGUUUUUCAAUUUUCUUUUUCGGUAUAAACUUUGUGUGUGUUCUG